GCGAACGGAUCAAUACGGCGGUUCCCCAGCACGUGGAUCCAGCCCCUCGACGGUCCAGCGCGGAUGCUGGGCCAGAUAUUCAGUCGUACGAUUCUCGUUUCACGGCGACGUUUUCGCAGGGUUCAUCCUCAACUCGUGUACCAGAUCACGUUUCGCUUCGGGUUCACGUUGAACUUUGAGACGAUAUUCCCACACACAGGAUGAUGAUACCAAUCUGAAUCAAGCUGGAUGCAAGUUGAAACGGGCAAAAGCUGACUCCGCGGAAGACUGGAAGAUGGGAAUCUACGUGGCAGGGGUCGCUGGGGUGGCCGUAUUCUACGCCGCUGUUCUCGGCGUUGGUGUCUGGGCAGCGACGGUGAAGAAGAACAAGAUGCAGAGAGGGCAGGACGACAUGCUGCUGGCGAACAGAGGCCUCGGUCUCUUCCUCGGAGUGCUGACUCUCAUCGCAACGUGGGUCGGUGGUGGUUUCAUCAAUGGAACUGCGGAGGCGAUGUUCACCAGAGGAUUGGCUUGGUGUCAAGUACCAAUUGGUUACAGUCUGAGCCUACUAUUCGGCGCCCUGCUAUUUGUGAAGCCGAUGAGGAACGCCGAGUACGUAACAAUGCUCGACCCGUUUCAACAACGAUACGGUGCUCGAGUGGGAGGACUUCUCUUCCUGCCGGCUCUUUGCGGCGAUCUUUUUUGGUGCGGAGCGGUACUCAGUGCCCUGGGCAGCUCCCUUUCCGUCGUUGCUGGAAUCGACUCCAACGUCAGCAUCUGUGCCUCUGCUCUGCUGGCCGCAGUGUACACGGUUUGCGGUGGUCUGUAUUCCGUCGCUUGCACGGACGCCUUGCAGCUCGCUUGCAUAACUCUUGGUCUGGCGGUUGCCGCCCCGUUUGCCGUAAUGCACUCGGCAGUCUCAUUGGAGAAGAAUCUACCGACGAAAGACUGGCUUGGCGAAAUUAGAGAAGAAGAUAUGGGCGAAUGGAUCGACGGCAUGUUGCUCCUCGUCUUCGGUGGAAUUCCAUGGCAGGGUUACUUUCAACGCAUCCUGAGCAUCAAGAGCACAACGGUAGCGAGAACCUUGUCGAUCGUCUCGAUGAUCGGGUGCCUCACGCUUGCGGUACCAUCUGGGCUCUUGGGUCUGGUGGCCAAAGCGACGGAUUGGACAUUGGUGGAAGGUUUCAAUCGUACCAUAACGCAGGAGGAUGGAAACGUGGUUUUACCGUUGGUCCUGCGUUACUUGACACCUCAGUGGGUCUCCUUCAUAGGCCUGGGCGCUGUUUCGGCCGCCGUCAUGUCUUCCGCCGACUCGAGUAUCUUGGCUAGCAGCUCAAUGUUCGCAAGAAACAUAUAUCGAUUAACGAUCAGGCCCAAGGCGACAGAAAAAGAGCUUGCUUGGGUUCUCCGUAUCGCUGUUUUGGUCGUAUCAGGUUUAUCAGCUGCCGUCGCUAUGACGGUCGGCAGCGUUUAUUACCUUUCCUAUCUCUGCUCGGAUCUCGUUUACGUCGUUUUGUUCCCGCAACUCCUCGCCGUCGUACAUUGGCCCAACUGUGUCGACACGUACGGAUGUCUCUUUGGAUACCUCGUGGCUGUCGUACUACGAGUUUCCGGGGGAGAGAAGGGAUUGGGUAUACCACCGCUCAUCGAGUAUCCAUUUUACGACUCCGCAACACAGACUCAAAAGUUUCCGUUCCGGACAGCAGCGAUGAUUUGCGCAAUGAUAUCGCAGAUUUUCGUCAGUUUUUUCACCAAGAAUUUACUCGGCAGAGGGUACUUUCCAAGGUGCUGUGACGUCUUGGGUGUUUAUUCACCGGGAAAACCAUCCAAACAGAGCGGCGUUGUUCAGAGCAGUUCUGGUGCCGCGCUAAUUGACGCCGUCAUUACCGAACCACCGAAUGGGUCAGAGCAUGCAGAAAAUCGUCAUGAGAUGCAGAAAUACGACGCAAAUCGAUCGGUCCGUGAUGAAGACGCGCAGCACUACGAGACCGUGAAUGACAUGUACGAGAAGCCGGAGGAACCGAAAUCAGAUUUUGUUAUUCAAAACGCGAACAAAAAUUUGCAAAAUUUGCAAAGCAUCAUGCAGUCUCCGGAGGCCAAUCAAACUUCCGUCACUUCUUCUAGUCAGAAUAAUUUCUUUGGUGAUCAAAUACUGACGGUUAGAAAUUUAACCGCAAAUUCGGCGAGUGUUAGUCGAGCUCCAGUCACGCAUGGCAGUAACUCGGUAAAGGAUCAGAACAAGAACACCAAGAGUAAACCCGUGGCAUCCAGCACGUCGGUGAACAACGUGGUUUACGCGAAACCUUCGAACAUCGACAGAGGCAAAAAGAAUGACAAAAUUGCCGACAAGUCAAUGAUGGAACUCAACCUUAACAACGACUCCAGUGUGGGGAAGAAAAACAUCAAAGGUGUAAAGCUGAUUGGUAUGGAGGGAGGUACUUUGAGGAGACCGUCGUUGCAGGGAACAUUCUCUCCCACUCCUUCCGUGGAAUUGGUUCAUAUAUUGGACAGAAGACAGAGCAACACUUCUUACGGUCCGAGCUCACUGUCUCCAGUCCCAGGGGUUGAGGCUUGCAGGACUCACGGGACAGCGGUUGAUGGUCAGGUCGGGAACGAGCAUUGUAGAAUCAAGAGAGGCAUCGUCAGGCACCACAGCUUUAACGAGACCGGGGACAGAGCCUUGACCACGCUUGCAAGACAGCCGAAUUAUCCCUCGAUGCCGUUGAGACCGGAGGACUGUCGCCUGACGCUGAUCAAGAGGGAUAACAAAGCUGGUGCAAUCGUUCGCCAUUCGUCUGUAGUCGAUGAAAAAGAUUCGGGCGAGGGUCUGGUUGUCAGUCCAACUUACAAGAUGUACGCUUCGACGGGAAAGACUGGAAAUUAUUUCGUUACCGACGAUGAAGCUGUAAGCAGGUUCUAGACGGGAGUGGCAUCAGGAUCGCGUUUCAAAGCUCCUUUAAUCUAAUCAACUGAUGAGAAAAGGAUGCAGUAAGUUAUAUGACCCCAUAUUGUGCUGGAAAAUAUCUCAUAUUUCAUGUACUUUAGACAAUUUCACAGUAGGUCCGACCAUGAUAUAUUUUCUUAUCAUCUCACAACUAUCUAUUAAGCUCAAACCUGGAACAUUAUUUUUGAAGAUUAUUUCGAGGAAAAAUGUGCAGUUCUUUUAGUAAAUUAGCAUUUGUGCUAUUUUUAAAAAGAAAGAGCUGUCUGAUGCAACUUUUGCCGCGGCAUGGAAAGUUGGCUCCGUUAUUCGUAUAAUACAGCAAUAGUAAUAAUAAUAAAAAUAGGAAACGUAAAUUAGCGAAGCGUUGUUUUACGUGCGAUAUUGUUAAUUUUUUCAAAGCACGAGCGUAUAAAAAAAUGUUCGAACCGUUUCUUUUUGACGAAUGAUGAUCUUCCGCAGCAUUUCCGUGUAAAUAUAUGUAGUCGUAGAUACGAGAAGUUUUUGUUGGGUUAAAUAUUUAAUGUACCGCAAUACGUGGCAAUUGGUAAUGAAUAUUAUUCGCGAACUAUCGAUUUACCAUUUAUUUUGAUGUAAUAUUAAAUGUUGGCAAGGAAUGAAUAAUCGAUGAUAUAACCUUAAAGGUACUCGUAUUUAUGGGAACGAAUAAAUACACACAAAAAUAUUACAUAGCGAAACGUCCAAACGUGCAAAUUCAUGAUAAUCCAAUGAAAUGAUAUUUUUGCACCAGUAGCUAACUAGUUAUAAAUAAUAUCUAGGAAUACAAUUCGUAUAUAUUUAAUCCUUACAACAACAGCAACAAUAAUAACGAAGUAAAUAGUAUUAUGAAUAACGCAAUUCUUAAAAAGUAUAGUGGCCUGACGACCGUAUAAAACUUAAGCAACGUAUGAAUAUGACAACAAAAAACACGGUACGAUGAAAGUAACGGUGAAUAUUUGUUAUAUUAAAUAAUAAGAAUCAAGAAAAGGUGGGAAAAAAUUUACAAACACGUUCAUAUUAUCAGUAUACUAUAAGAAAUUUUUACAAAGACUGAUUAUGAAAUGAGAAAUUACAUUUUGAUGUCCCCAAUUUUACGCUGGAUGAAACCGAGCAGUUGGAUACUUGGAGAGUUUUAUUCGUCAACUGAGUAAAAAUCUGUUGACUUACGGCAAUUGCGACCAAGAAACAGGCUGCUAUAGUGUUUACUAAACGUUUAUCGUAAAUUUACUUUGAAUACCUAUAAUACACACCAAUUAAGAAGGAACUUCUACCAACACUCGUGUAUCUGAUAAGGAUAUUUUACGCAAUUAAUAAUUUUGUAAAGUUAUAAGUAACAUCUAGUACCUAUAUCAGUAUUAUUACUAACUAACUAAUGGUAAACUAAGAAAAAGAGAACCAUUGCAAAACUUUUCAAUAGUCAAUUUUACGAACUGUACGUAUCUGUAAUAUAGAAAUGGAAACAUUCAACGACUUAGUCAACUCCGUGUGAAAAUUGACUGUUAGUAGUUACUAAUUACUUUGAGAGAGAAUUGUAGAAGCAGAUUAUCAUUACGUGAAAACGAAUUUUUCUAACGAUUAUCAGUCAUCUGUAUGUGCCAGGGAAAUUUUUCGUUUCUGAAUAUUAGUUGCAUUAUAAUUUGUAGGAUUAGAUCAUAUGUACUUGAGUGAUGGUAAUUGAUAUGCAAUGACGAUUGUAUGUAGGCCUAGAUUAAUAUUAUAAUAAUGAUGUGAACAUUGUCUGAUAUUAAAAUUAUCUUUUCAAUUUCGAUUAUGACAACAUGAAUGAGGUUGUAUACUGUGAAUUAUGUGCCAAAUACAUAUAAUGGUCCUUCAAACAUAGGAGAAUGUAUAAUUCCAUGUAGAUAUAGGUAAGUCUACUCAAGUGGUAACCACUAGCUAUUAAGUUGAUGUCUCAAGAUUUCAAAUGAAAAUAAUCAACUGAAAAACUUUGUUUUUCAAUAUUCGUUACGUUAAAAAAUGCGUGUAGGAAACAUUGAUAACGAAAAUUUACUUUUUCUCGAACACCUGCAUCGUAGCAUUUUAAAUUAUCAAAGUAUCUGAAUGAUUGUUUGCUUUUAUUAUUAGUUAGCCGAAGUUAUACAUUGUUUCGAAUAAGAAAUAACUCGAAUUCUAAGGUAAUUAAUCACAACACUUUAACAGUAAGUCGAUAUUUGUGUAUAAAAAACGUUAAUUAUGUGUGCAUGUGUUCAAAAAUACGAAACACACAUCUUGUGACUGCGAUGUAGAGAAAUUCCAGUACAAUAAAAAAAAAAAAAAAAAACUGGAUAAGUAGGUGUGUUUAAAGUAAGUCGAAAAGGUAGAUACGAAUAAUAGGUAAAAUAUUAGGUGAAAUUUGAUACCUUGAUACUUUCACACCACAUAAAGCGUGAUUUGGUACACAAGAAUUGCAUGUGACUUCAGUGAACGUGAAUCAACUUGUAGAAAUCCCAUCAAAUCUAGUAAUAAGAACAAUAAAUCCGAUGAAAAUUCA